AUGGCGGAAUCAGAAGGCGGGGUUUCGGCCUCGCAGCACGACCUCAUGACGAAAAUGAUCCCCUAUCUCGACCGACAUUUGGCAUUUCCGCUCCUGAACGAUCUCGAGCCGUCCCCCGAGGUGACGCGCUUGAAGUUCGAGCUCCUCAAACAGACCAAUAUGACCGACUUCGUGGGAGACCUGGAGGCGGAACUCAAGGGACUGAGCGAGCGACCCAGCGAAUAUGACACGAAGAGGGACGAGGUCCUGCAGCGACGAUCACAACUCCAGGAGCAGUGCAACAAGAUCACCGAACUUCUGGGAGAUGCAGAUGUGGUUGCGAAUCUCCGAAGCGAUAAAGUUGCCAACUUGAACUAUCUCCAGGAACAACACGGAGUCACCAUUGAGAUGGUCAACGCGCUUUACGAGUUUGGACAGUUCCAGUAUAACUGUGGCUCCUAUCCGAGUGCAGCGGAGUUGCUGUACCAGUUCCGUAUCUUGUCGACCGACAAUGACAAGGUUUCGGCAGCCAGCUGGGGAAAGCUGGCAUCCGAGAUUCUCAGCCAAGAAUGGGAGUCAGCGAUGGAGGAGAUCCAGAAGGUCAAAGAGAGCAUAGACACGCGGCUAUUCAACAACCCUCUGGCCCAACUUCAGCAACGGACAUGGCUGAUCCACUGGUCCCUCUUCCCGUUCUUCAACUUCGAACCGGCGCGAGAGACCCUGACGGAACUUUUCUUCUCCCAACCCUACAUCAACACCGUGCAGACCAUUUGCCCGUGGAUCCUUCGAUACCUGACCGCCGCCGUCGUUACCAACCGGAGCCGGAGUCGAAACUCGAACGCGUACCAGAGGCAGUUGAAGGAUCUCGUGCGCAUUGUCAAGCAGGAAGGCUACGAGUAUACCGAUCCGGUCACGGACUUCAUCAAAGCCCUCUACGUCGACUUCGACUUCGAGGAGGCUCAAAAGAAACUGGCGGAAGCCGAAGAAAUCUUGAGCGACGACUUUUUCCUCGGUGCUUCAUCAAACGAAUUCGUUGACGCGGCGAGACAUCUCAUUUCCGAGUCAUAUUGCAAGAUCCACCAGCGGAUUGAUAUCAAGGAUCUAUCGACGAGACUUGGUCUCUCACAAGAUGAGGGAGAGAAGUGGAUUGUGAAUCUCAUUCGGGACACCCGGGUAGACGCCAAAAUCGACUUCCGGGAGGGUACUGUUGUCAUGAACCACCCGCCUCAAUCGGUCUAUCAACAGGUCAUUGAGCGAACCAAGGGCGGUUUCUUCCGGACCCAGGUCCUGACCGCUGCUGUGGCGAAGUGA